AUGCGAGCUGAUAUCGAACGUUACGACGCCCCCGUUUCAGGCGGUGCAUCAAACCAAGCCGAUAAUGCCAUCAAGAAAGGCCCUGUCAACAAUGAGUCGAACGUCAAACAUCAUGUCUUGAUCGACCUUAUUCACGACAUUGCCACAAACGACCCUGAUCGAGCUUUUGCUUAUACUCCAUCAUCAUCUGACACUCGUGAUGGUUGGAAGCCAGUAACUCACCAUCAACUCGCAAACGCCGUCGACUACCUCGCCCAUGAUAUCUCCAAAACCGUUACCAAAUCCUCAGACGACAAGGUUCCGACCGUGGCAUUUAUCGGCCCCAACGACUUUCGAUACACGGCCAUUCUCCUGGCUUGUGUAAAAACAGGCUGCAAGGCCCUUUUCAUCUCUCCGCGAAACACCCCCGCCGUUCAGCUCUCCCUUCUCGAAGCUACGAAUUGUCGAUACCUUUACACAACCGAGUCGUUCAGGUCGGUUAUGCAGCCCUGCCUCGAUCAACGAACAAUGGAAGUUGCCAUGAUAGAGAGUAUUGAUCAUCUCCUGUCGGUGACUCCCAGUCCGUUUCCCUACAGCAGAACUAUGGAACAGGCGCGUUGGGACCCCCUUGUUGUGCUUCACACCAGUGGUUCCACCGGAGUCCCCAAGCCAGUCUUCUUGAAACAGGGUAUCUUGUACGCCUUUGAAGAAUAUCUUGCUCUGCCCAAGUUUCAUGGUUCUCCAUAUCCUUUCAAUGAAUGGACAGAACGGGCGAGCAAGAUCUUCAUGGGUAUGCCCAUGUAUCAUGCUGCAGGAACCUAUCUCCCUCUGUCCUUCAUAUACACUGGUCUCUCUGCAGUUAUGCCGUUUCCCAACCAGCCUUUGAAUGCUGAUACAGCCAUGGAGUACUUGAAUCAUAGUGGUGCUGAUGGUGCAAUGCUGCCGCCUUCUGUUAUCGACGAGUUGGCAGCUUCUGAGGAGGGUAUGGAGGCUCUGGCCAAGCUCAAACUCCUUAUUACUGGCGGAGGGAGUCUUUCAACCGAGGCUGGCAAUAUGCUGGCAGAUAGGGGUGUCGUCUUGAGGAACGUCAUUUCAUCAACGGAACUGUUCCCUCUGGCACCUUACAGUCCCCAAGACCCCAAGCUGUGGCGAUACUUCAUCUUUAAUGAUGAACUAAUGGGCAUUGAUUGGCAACGUCAUGACUCCAAUGAGUAUGAGCUUGUAGUCCGUCGCAAGGCAUCGGAUCCUGGAAGCCAAGGUUGUUUCUACAAUUUCCCUGAACUAUCCGAAUGGCGUACCAACGACAUCUUUGAACCCCACCCAACGCUCAAGAAUCACUGGCUUUACAAAGGUCGGGCUGACGAUAUCAUCGUCUUCUCCAACGGCGAGAAACUGAACCCUCUUACCAUUGAAGGUAUUGUUACGGACCAUCCUCUUGUCAAGUCAGCCCUUGUAGUUGGCCAGAGAAUGUUUCAGGCAGCUCUCAUCAUUGAGCCCAUCGCAGAAGCGCAGCCGAGAGAUGAAGCUGAGGCCAAAGCUUUACUCGACAAAAUCUGGCCGGUAAUCGAGAAGGCCAAUGGUGAGACCGUUGCUCAUGGACGAAUUGCCGCGAAUUUUAUCGCUUUCGCCAACCCUGGUUUACCAUUUGCUCGCGCUGAUAAGGGCACUGUGCAGCGUGGUAAGACUGUCAAACUGUACGCCGACUUUAUUUCGGAUUUAUACGAGAAGGCUGAGAUGCUCGGAGAUGGCCCAUCUAUCACCCUUGACUUGAGUAACGACGACGCUUUGACAGAAUCUAUCAUCAGUCUCUUCGUUACCAAGCUUGGAGUCGAGAAGCUCGAACCGGAUACAGACUUCUUCUCAGUCGGUGUUGACUCUUUGCAAGUGAUGACAGCGACGAACCUGUUGCGGGGUGCUUUGCAUAAAGUUGGUAUUGACACUUCAACACUCGCACCACGUGUCAUCUACCGCAACCCUACGGCAAAAAAGCUGGCUGAGUAUAUCCAGUCCUUGCGAAGUGGAGCCAGUGAGGACGACGAAGAGACGCAAGAGAUAAAUCAGAUCAAGGCACAGGUCUCGAAGUAUACCAAGAACCUCCCACCGCCUAAGACUGGAAAACAGGCCCCCCUUGAUGAUGGCCAAACUGUCAUCGUCACGGGUACAACUGGUUCUUUGGGAGCUUACAUGCUUGAUCAACUUUGUCGUUUGUCAUCUGUCAAGAAAGUCAUCGCUCUCAACAGGAGUGAGGAUGGUGGUUUAUCUCGACAGCCCUCUGUCAACGAAUUCCGUGGCUUGACAACAGAUUUCUCCAAAGUGGAGUUUCUACACGCCGAUCUAUCACUUCCCGACCUCGGCUUGGGUCAGUCCAAGUAUGACUCUCUUCUUGCAGAUGUCGACCGCGUCAUUCACAACGCUUGGCCCGUGAACUUCAAGUUCACCAUGACUUCGUUUGAGAGUCACGUUCGAGGCGUACGCCAUCUCGUCGACUUCUCUUCUGCAGCUUCAAAGAACGUACCUAUCAUCUUCAUCUCGAGUAUCGGAACGGUCGAUAGAUGGUCCUCGCCCGAAGCUGUUCCUGAGAAGGCGCUACAUGACCUGACCUUGCCUAUCAUGGCAUACGGACGAUCCAAACUUGCUGCGAGUUUCAUACUUGAUGCAGCUGCGGAGGAGUCUAGUAUCCCCACAGUUUCGGUGAGAGUUGGACAGAUUGCGGGGUCAAGGGGAGAGAAGGGUCUGUGGAACCGUCAGGAGAUGAUUCCAAGCAUGAUCGCAAGCUCAGUUUAUCUUGGAGUCCUACCUGACCAUCUCAGCGGGCAACAGGAGAUUGCUUGGACUCCUAUCGAGGACAUCUCAGGCCUUAUUCUCGACGUUUCAGGCAUCACGGUUCAGAAGUCUAUCUCAGAAAUUUCUGGCUACUUCCACGGCGUCAAUCCUGCCUCGACCAGUUGGUCCGACAUUGCUUCCGCGGUGAAAGACUUUUAUGGUAACAAGAUGAAGUUGGUUAGUGCUGAAGAAUGGGUUGAGAGACUGGAGGCCAGUGCCAAGGAAGAGAACGUGGACUUUGAUAAGAACCCUGGCGUCAAGCUUUUGGAUACGUAUCGUGGAAUGUUUGUGGUCGGAGAUGAGGUUCAGCCGGUUAAGUAUGAGAUGGAGAGGACCAAGAGCCAUAGUCCGACGAUGAGAGAGCUUGGGCCGAUCACCCCGGAGCUGAUGAGGAACUGGUGUCGCCAAUGGGGGUUUUAG